UUUAUCGGAAAAAUAAUAAGGUGAUUGUGUUUGUGUUGGAGUGUAUACCAUUAAGUAACAUGCGUGAAGAUCACUAUGUUUGAACUUUGAUGUGAUUUGAUUUGAUUCAUUCAUCAUACUUGUAGGGGGUCUGUACUUUGGUCAAUGCUACUCUAUCUAUGGAUUGGAGAAAAUACAUGAUUCAUCUUCUCUUCUUACUUACUUACUUACAUACAGAAACAGUAGUACUGUACUUAGUAUUCUCCGUCCGUAGAAUUUGAUGAAACAUUGCCUCAAUCGCUCUUUCUUUUCUUUUCCCACUUCUUCCAACUAGUAACUAAUAUCUCUCCCUCCUGUUCUUCUAAUCUAAUCUAAUCUAAUCUAAUCUAAUCAAUCAUAUGGCUUCUUCUCCUCCUCCUCCUCCUGCUGCUGCUCAUCACUACUCUAUGAAUAAUAAAACAUGGAAGCAAACAAUUCUGCUCUCAUUUCAAAUUGUUGGAGUUGUUUAUGGUCAACUUAGCACUGCUCCCUUAUAUGUGUUUAGUACAAUGCGAGUGAAAGAUCUUGAAUCUGAGGAGGUUGUUUAUGAACUCUUCUCCUUCAUUUUUUGGACUCUCACCACUAUUUCUUUGAUCAAGUAUGCCCUCAUAGUCCUCAAAGCUGAUGAUAAAGGAGAGGGUGGUACUUUUGCUUUAUACUCACUGUUAUGUAGAAAUGCAAAAGUUGGGCUACUCCCUUGUGAUAAAACCGCCAAUGAUGUCAUACUUUUUGAGGAGGAAACAACAAAUCCUUUUUCUAAGAUCAUCAAUUCUGAUUCCAGAGCACGAAGGGCCAUUGAGAAACACAAGUCCAUCCACUAUUUGAUAUUGUUCCUGGCCCUCUUUGGUUCUUGUAUGACAAUUGGGGCCGCAGUCCUCACUCCAGCUCUCUCAGUGUUAUCAGCUUCAUGUGGUGUUCAGCGAUCCUUGUCAGAAAUGGCAAGCCUAUUUUCCUCGUCACACCAUACUCAGGAUUCUGUGUCAAAUGUUCUACAAAAAUAUGUACCCGUCCCCUCUGCGUGUGUUAUAUUGAUUGGCCUUUUCGUACUGCAGCCUUGCGGUACACAUAAAAUUGGGUUCAUGUUUGCUCCAAUUAUUGCUGUUUGGCUUUUGUUUGUUGGUGUGGUGGGCGCAUAUAAUAUAUUCCGCUGGGAUGUUAAAAUUAUCUAUAAAAUAUCCCCACUAUACUUGUUCAAAUUCAUGAGGAAUGUUGAUGCCGGCAGAUGGAGGUUGUUAGGGAGCGUCAUUUUAUGUGCAGCAGGAUCAGAGGCAAUGUUUGCAGGCCUAGGCCAUUUUUCCAAGAAAUCAAUCAAGAUUACAUUUAUUUGCUUGAUCUAUCCGCUUCUUGUGAUAUGCUAUGCGGGUCAGGCUGCGUAUAUCUCUAAAAAUUUGCACGCUCUAGAUUUUAAUCAUCUUAGUCAAUCCGUGCCAAGUCAUUCCAAAUAUAUAUUCAUAGUAUUAUCCCUACUUUCUUCGGCUGUCGGAAGCCAAGCAACUAUAACAGCGAGCUUCUCCAUCAUUAACCAGUGUCUUGCACUAAAUUGUUUUCCUAGAGUGAAAGUCAUUCACACAUCAAAAACGAUACACGGCCAGGUUUACAUCCCAGAUGUCAACUGGUUAUUGAUGAUUUUCAGUCUAUCUGUCACGGUUGGUUUCAGAGACUUGGUGAAGAUUGGCAACGCAACAAGUUUGGCUAUAAUAUGUGGAAUGCUGGUGACAACUAGUCUGAUGUCACUAAUCAUUGCUUUGUAUUGGGAGAAGAAUUUGAUGAUAUCAGCAUGCUUUCUGGUAUGUUUUGGCCUUGUUGAGGUUGCAUAUCUUUCAGCAUGUAUGCUGCAGUUUCACAAGGGCGCUUGGUAUCUACUUGUCCUUUUGGUAGUGUCGAUGACAGUCAUGCUUUCAUGGCAUUAUGGAACAGUGAAGAAGUAUGAGUUUGAUUUGCAAAACAAGGUGUCAACUGAAUGGCUAAUAGAUGUUAGUCCAGGCCUUGGCAUUUCAAGGGUAGCUGGAAUUGGCUUCAUUUACACCGACAUAGUAGCAGGAAUCCCAGCUUUCUUUUCGCAUUUUAUUACAAAUCUUCCUGCAUUUCAUCAAGUGUUGAUCAUGGUGUCCUUCAAGUCUAUGGCGGUGCCUCAUGUUCCGGAAUGUGAAAGGUACCUGAUAGGAAGGAUUGGACCAAAAGAUUAUAAAAUAUAUCGUUGCAUUGUCAGAUAUGGAUAUUGCGAUAAUAAUAUCAGGGACACGGGUGAUUUCGAGGAGAAAAUUAUCGGUGCUAUAGGAGAAUUCAUUUCCAUUGAACAGAUGAGUGACAUUGAAUCAAUGGUUUCAGCAGAAGAAAGAAUGAUGAUAGUAGGAAAUUCAUCAUCACGAGGAGAUGGUAAGGCUUUAGUGCCUUUAAUGAAUGAAACAUGCAACGAAGUGAGCAUUAUUAAUGAAGCUCAGAUUAGCCCGGUAGUGGUAAUCGAUGAUGAAAGUGAUGAUAAGUUGUUGGCGAGUAGUAGUAGCUCUUGCAAGAAAAGAAAAAAAGUUAGGUUCAUGUUGCCACCAGCAAGUAGUACUCCUAAAAUGGAAGAAUCUGUGAGGAAGGAGCUGUUGGAACUAAUUGAUGCAAGGGAGAGUGGAAGUGCCUAUUUCUUGGGACAGUCACAUUUAGUGGUUUGUGAUGGCUCAAACUACCUCAAGAGAUUCUUAAUAAUGGUUUUCCGUUUCUUUGAAAAAAAUGGCAGGGAACCUCCCGUUGCUCUCAAAAUCCCUCAUGCUGCUCUUGUAGAAGUUGGUAUGAUAUGUACUAUAUAAUUUUUUUUGGUUCAUCUUUGUACUACAUAAUAAUACUAAUAAUAACUCUUCACUUUUUGGAUCAAAAUCGUAUACAUAUACAUACUACGUACACACAUAGUGUUUUAGUAAAAAUAUUUGGAUGAUUUUCA